AUGGAAACUAAGAACGUGGAAAACGCUCUCCAAGCCUAUACCAUGGAAGCCGACAGACUUCCCCCAGAAACUCCGCAAUUAACGGAUAUACUGGCAAAGGUGGAAACCAAUGCAGCCAAGGCAGAGGAACUGAUUGGACAGGCUUUCUCCUUGACCUUCAGAAUAAUGGAACAACGGGAAGAGUUUGCAGCCUUAUUGGAAGGAACGUCAUCAAGCACUCAGGAUACUCCACGAGUUAAACUUGCACCUGUUCCUAUCCCUAAGUUUAGUGGAAAAGCUUGGGAGUGGGAAUCGUUCUGGAGUACCUUUGAAUACUCGAUUCACACCAGAAACAUGGAUGACGUUUAUAAGAUGAAUUAUCUGAUGGAUGCAAUGAGGGGAGAAGCUUUAGAUUCUCUGAAGAAGUUCGAGAUCAGUGGACAGACUUACCAAGCAGCCAUAGAAUACUUGAAGUCAAAAUACGGUAACACGCGGCUUCUGAUCACUCAACUCGUGAAGAGACUGGAAAAGACGAGGGCAAAGAGUAAAAAGAUGGAAGAUCAGAGGAGACUGUAUGAAGAAAUCUCGUCUAUUGUGAACCAGCUGCAGUUGAAGGGAGAGCCUGUCGAUGGAGCCCUGCUUCAACAACAAGUCCUCUCAAAAUUUACCGAAGCGAUCCAACGACAUAUCCUCCGCAAGAAACAGAGAUCUGAAGGCAGAAGAAACAUGGAACACAAAGUUGCUCCUUGA